AUGAAAUCCGUGGUUCGGGAUGGCACUUCACCUGCAAUUAACAACAUUAAGUACAUACCUAUUGAGGACGUUGAGAAACUUGAGCGAUACCGUCCUGGAGGAUACCAUCCGAUAAAUAUAGGAGAGUGGUUAAAUUCCCGGUACUGCAUCGUGCAUAAGCUUGGCUUUGGCGCAUACUCAACCAUAUGGAUGGCAAGAGAUCAGAAAACUGAAAAAUAUGUCGCCAUCAAAAUCACGAUCGCAGAUAGUGAUCCAGCUAAUUCGCAAGAAAGAAAUAUCCUCCAUCGACUCAAUAUUGCAGAAUUGAAGACCAAGUCUCAUCCCGGCAGCGCAAUCAUUCCACCUAUAUUAGAUGAUUUUAUUAUUCCCGGACCUAAUGGUGAACAUCAAUGUUUUGUCACACCGGUUGGAAUGAUGAGCCUGGAUGAGGCCAAAGAUGCUUCAUCUUUUCGACUGUUUCAAUUGCCUGAGGCCAGAGCUUUCACUGCUCAACUAGUCUUGGCAGUGGCAUAUCUCCAUUCGCAAGGUAUUGUCCAUGGUGAUCUUCAUCCUGGUAAUAUUUUGAUUCUUCUUCCCGAGAGCGUUGAUGCGCUCUCACGAGAGCAACUUUACGAAAAAUAUGGACGACCUCAUCAGGAGCCAGUUAUCUGUCUAGAUCAGCGUCCACUCCCCGACGGUGUCCCCGCAAAUGCUGUUGUGCCCAUCUGGCUAGGAAAAUUCCCCCAGAGGUUCACUUCGAACCCCCAAGGGACACUUUCUUUCUCUGCUGAUAUCUGGACGCUUGCGUGCACCAUCUGGACAUUGAUCGGCCAGCGUCCGCUUUUCGAAGGCUUUAAUCCGUCUGCCGACUGGGUCAUAAAAGAAAAUGUUGAGACUCUCGGCAAACUUCCACCGCAGUGGUGGCAGAGAUGGGAUUCGCGUUCAAAGUGGUUCAAUGAGGAUGGAACAAGACAGAAUGUUACGAGUUCAAGGCCCUGGGAGCAACGGUUUAACGAGUCAGUUCAGGGGCCAAGACAAGAAUUCAAUAUGCAACCGAUGGGAGAUGCCGAAAGGUCUGCAUUUCUCACUAUGAUGAGAGAUAUGCUUGUAUUCAGACCUGAGGAGAGGUCAGCUGCCAGGGAAGUCCUGGAAUGCGAAUGGAUGCAACAAUGGGCUCUUCCGGACCUUUCUAGAAUGAAUCAAAAUAUGUCAUAG